GGAAAAUGAGCUAUUUUGGCCGUUCGUGGCUGAUGGCUGACGUUCCGGCGAAACAUACGACAGCCACUAUUGUAGCCCCUUAACGUUGACCAAAUUAGCGAAGCCGAUUGCAAUGACCCCUCUCAAUUUUGAGGGAUGAUCAAGUCGAAAUAAGAAGGAAUUGCCGAGUUCGUCACUAAAUGAUGUCUUUUGGGUAGAAACUGUCUGCUAAUCCUUUACCGACCUACGCAAACACCACCCAUCAUUGGGGCCCUGCAAAAUGCAACUUAAAUUUGCUGCCACUGGACCUGACGGCACUGUGUGAGGCCGAUACGUAACAAGGCAGAUUGAAGCUAUAUAUCCUCCAAACCGCACCAGCCCCUCAUCUCCUCAAAGACGAAAAGUUCAUCACUUAGUCAAGAUCAUUGAAAUUAUCCCAAAUGAUUGAGCCAGGUACCAUCGUAACAAGCAUUGAAGUCUGCGCAAGAUGCGUUCAAUACAUCAGGGAGAAGAUUAAAGACUAUAGGGCCGCUGACAACGAGGUGGAAGAGCGGAUAACCCUUGUCGAAAACUGCUGGACUCGGACACGGAUCCAGGUUGACUUCCUCCAACCUCUCACGCCCAUUAUUGACCCCGAGCAUCACCGCGUUCUAGAAAGUGUUCUAUGGAUCCUCGCAACCAAGUUAUCAUCAGCUGUCACUAGCCUUGAGGGUGUCCUCGAGAAGAAGAACAAGAAUGGUGUGGAGCUGAGGCUAGGCUUCUUGGGAUUCGCUAGGGGAGUCCGGAAAGGAAAAUACGCUUUCGUCAAAGCCACCCUCGACACAGUAAUUCGGGAUCUUGAGGAGUGGCAGCAGCGGUUCGAUCCCUCGUGGUUUCUCAUCAUGCACAUUGAGAAUCCCCUUAUUGACGAGCAGCUUCGCUGGGGGAUGAUGCAAAGCCAAGCCUCACUGCAACCGCGCCCCGGUAGGGCCCAGAUCGCCCUUGCCACGGGAUUGCACCAAACUGCCUCGCCAUUGUCCUUAGCCGACGGAAUAAGGACUGCCCUCCGCACCGAGAGCCCUCAGCAGCCCAUCUUCCUCCCCUCCGCUCAUUUCGAGUAUAGACCCAUACCCUACACCAAUACCAAAGCAGCCAGCCGCGGCGACUGCUGGUAUAUCGUCGAGUCACGCCCAUGCAAACCCGGAAUGCAGGAAGCCAUGACAGACGACAUCCGCAACCUAGCUCAGAAACUGUCUCGUGCUGAUCCGCUAGCCUUUGGUCUCCUCAACUGUAAGGGCGUCAUGCGGGUCACUGAUCCCCGUCAGCCUUCUCGUACCCUCUCUUUCAAUUUGAUCUUCCGCAUUCCAAAUGGCAUGGGGAUCCCGCAAAGCUUGCGUCAAACCCUUAUUUUAUACCCAGGACGCAGUGGUGCAGGUCUCUCUGUGACCCGCCGUGUACGCAUCGCGCGGGAGCUGGCCAAGUCUGUCAGCUACGUGCAUACAUUCAAGUUUGUUCAUAAGAACAUCAACCCCGAAUCCGUCCUGCUACUGGAGGACCUCGAAUCCUCCCACAGCGCCACAUUCCUCGUAGGCUUUGACCACUUCCGCUCUGCCGGUGGCGCUACGAGCCUUCAGGGAGAUGGUGCCUGGUAUCGCGACAUCUAUCGGCACCCAACCCGGCAGGGAGAGUAUCCCGAGGAUUCUUAUCGCAUGCAGCAUGACAUAUACAGCCUUGGCGUCUGCCUACUCGAAGUUGGUCUCUGGGAGUCAUUUGUCGACUACCCAUCCGACAGGCCCAGCCCCGGCGGGCCCAUCGGUGACUUUGCGGCCAGGGUAAUGCGUCCUGGAGGUACUGCUUCAGAUAGAAACAUUGACACCGGGCGUAUGAUCUUUGAGGCCAAGGAAGACAUGGAGCAGCUCGCUAAAGAAAGGCUCCCGCAGGCAAUGGGUGAAAAGUAUUCCCAGGUCGUGCUCUCGUGUCUGACCUGCCUUGAUGAGGACAACGAGGAUUUUGGGGGCGAUGUAACGCGGCAGGCGGCGGUUGAUCCCGACGGUAUCCUUCUUGGGGUGCAGUUCAAUGAGUUGAUUCUAGGUCGAUUAAACGAGAUAGUUGUUUGAUGUUCCUGACGUGAUGGGGAUGACGACAUGACGGCCAUCUUGGCCUACGUUUAUUCAUACGGCAGACCAUGGCAAUGUACAUUGGGAAAGAGAUAGUAAUAAUGUCA